GUCAGGCUGGUUGGAGAUUCUCACUGCUCUGGGAGGUUAGAGAUACUUGAUAACCAGUCGUGGGUUUCAGUGUGUGCUGCUGCCUUUGACCAGCAGGAUGCAGAGGUUGUGUGUAGAGAGCUGGACUGUGGGGCUCCUGUACAGGUGCUGAGAAAAGAUGCUUUUGAAAAAGGAGAUGCUCAGAUGUGGACACAAGAGAUUAAUUGCAGAGGAAAUGAGUCUCAGAUUCACCUCUGUCCAACAUCACCAUUAGAAGAAAACAACUGUUCUCAAGACAACAAUGUAGAACUGGUGUGUGCUGAUGUAAUGAAUGUGAGGUUGGUUGGUGGUAACAGUCCUUGUGCUGGUAGAGUGGAGGUUCUUCAUAGAGGUCAGUGGGGAACAGUGUGUGAUGAUGACUGAGAUAUGACAAAUGCUGCAGUGGUGUGUAGAGAGCUGGACUGUGGAGAACCUGUAGAUGCUCUGGGAGGUGCUAAUUUUGGACGAGGAUCAGGACCGAUCUAGAUGUAUACUGUGUUAUGUAUUGGAUCAGAAUCUACACUGAAGAACUGUGGGGCAUCAGGAUGGGGUAAACAUACCUGUGAUCAUAAUGGUGAUGCUGGAGUCAUCUGCUCAGAUCAUAAACAACCCAGACUUACCAAAGGACUUCACUUGUGUGCUGGGAGGUUAGAGAUCCUUCAAAUAAACAUGUGGGUUUCAGUGUGUGCUGCUGCCUUUGACCAGCAGGAUGCAGAGGUUGUGUGUAGAGAGCUGGACUGUGGGGCUCCUGUACAGGUGCUGGGAGAAGAUGCUUUUGGAAAAGGAGAUGCUCAGAUGUGGACACAAGAGAUUCAGUCUAGAGGAAAUUAAUCUUAUAUAUCUUUCUGUCCAACAUCAUCUUCUCUCAAACAAGACUGUAUCCAUCAAAACGGCAUUGGACUGUUAUGUUCUGGUUAUACUGACCUCAGACUGGUCAAUGUUUCCUGACAUCUGUUCUGGUCGAGUUGAGCAUCAGUACUUCAGUAAAUGGGGCACAGUGUGUGAUGCAUGCUGGGAUAUGAGAGCUGCCAGUGUCCUCUGUAGACAGCUGAAUUGUGGGAUUGCUGUGUCUGUUGUGGGAUCAGACUGGUUUGGAGAGGGAAGUGGUGAAAUCUGGGCUGAUGUGUUUGAUUGUGACGGGAAUGAAACAAAACUCUCAGAAUGUUCCAUCUCUUCAUGGAGUCGAGCUGAAUGUUCUCAUAGACGAGAUGUUGGAGUCAUCUGCUCUAAUUCCUCUCUGGCUGUUCAUGAUGGUCUGGUGUGGUUGUCUGGAGAGAGACAGUGUGAGGGGGAGGUGGAAGUUUCCAUCCAUCAGGUCUGGAGGAGAGUUCUGCUGGACUCCUGGAGUCUCACUGAAUCCUCUGUGGUCUGCAGACAGCUGGGCUGUGGCUCUGUGCUGAACUUCUUCGGCUCCUCUUCAUCCAGUCCUGAACACAGUCAUGAGUGUGUGACGGGCUUCCAGUGCUCUGGGAGUGAAGCUCAUCUGGGGAACUGCAGCUCUCCACAAACUCUCAACUGCAGCUCCACACAACAGCUGUCAAUCACCUGCCUUGGUCGCGGGUCCAUCAGGCUGGUGGGUUCUGGGGGAGACUGUGCAGGGAGGCUGGAGGUUUUUCACAGCGGCUCAUGGGGGACAGUGUGUGAUGACUCCUGGGAUAUUAAAGAUGCCCAUGUGGUGUGCAGACAGCUGCAGUGUGGAGUGGCCCUCAGUAACCAGCAGGUACCAGCCUGGUUUGGUCCUGGUUCUGGACCCAUAUGGCUGGAUGAGGUGGAGUGUGAGGGAAAUGAGAUGUCCCUGUGGAGCUGCUCUUCUCCAGGCUGGGGAAAACAUGACUGUCAACACAAGGAGGAUGUACUGUAG